GUCACGAAAAAAAAACAACCGCAUUCUGACCACGAAUGAAUGCUUCAUUGUGAUUUUAUCACUUUUAUACUCGAAAUAAACUUUUUUUAGUCGUAUGGUAGGUCGUAUGUUUAUUAUUCGCAUCAAUUAUGGCAAAAUAUUCAAGCCGAAUUUCUUCGGGUUCUGUUCCAAACCCUUUUCCGGCAAGAAAGUUCCUCCAGCAUAGUAUCCACAGUGCCCCAAACUUCUUGUACAGAGUAGGUUGCGAACGACCGGAGGUUGUUGGAGUUGUGUUUAAUUUGUUUUUUUUUUUUGGUAGAUGACGGGUACCGGUUGACCAACAUGGGCUACGACUACCUGGCGCUGAAGUCGCUGACGCUGCGCGGGUCGGUCGCCGGGUUUGGGAACCAGAUUGGGGUGGGCAAGGAGAGUAACAUCUACACGGUGGGGGAUGAGGAGGGCAACCCGUUGUGCUUGAAGUUGCACCGGUUGGGACGGGUUUGCUUCCGGAACGUGAAGGAGAAGCGGGACUAUCACGGGAAGCGGCACAAGAUGAGUUGGUUGUAUUUGUCGCGGAUUUCGGCGACGCGGGAGUAUGCGUACAUGAAGGCGUUGUACGAUCGCGGGUUUCCGGUGCCGCGUCCGGUGGACUUUAACCGGCACUGCGUAAUUAUGGAGCUGGUUGAUGGGUACCCGUUGACGAACGUGGCCGAGGUGGGCAAUGUGGAGCAGUUGUACGAUGAUUUGAUGAACUUGAUUGUGCGGUUGGGGAAUUGCGGAGUUAUUCACGGAGAUUUCAACGAGUUCAACGUGAUGAUCACGGAGGAGGACCAGCGGCCGAUCUUGAUCGAUUUUCCCCAGAUGGUGUCGACGCCGCAUCCGAACGCGGAGAUGUACUUUGAUCGGGACGUGCAGGGCGUUCGGGAUCUGUUCCGGAAAAAAAAUGGGUAUGAAAGUGAGGAAAAUCCCAAGUUUAGCGAUCUGGAGCGGGAGGAUGAGCUGGACCGGGAGGUUCUCUGCUCUGGGUACGGAUUUACGCAGGAGAUGGAGAAGGAUCUGCACAAGGAGUAUCACCAGGAGGGAGAGUCGAAGGAACAGCUGCAAGUUGCAACUGAACCGGCCUGCGAACGCCCGACCGUCCAGCUCCAGGAAUCGGCGCUGCGUCUCGUCGGUGUGUUCAUUCUGUUGCAAAACAAGGACGCCCAGCGUCUGUUUGGUGAUUUGUUGCGGCGGGCGUUUAUGAUUUGUGAUACAAACAUGGUGAUGGUUGUCGGAAAAUGUAACGGCGAUGGUGCGCAAGCAGCGGAAAAGUAUGUGGCCUCGUUGGUUGGUGCUACAAAUGAUGACCGACCUGGAUGACGACGAGGAGAAGUCCGUAUCGGAUCAGACACGAGUGACAACAACGUGUUUGCUGAGUCGGCGUUGGAUCGCUUGGCAUAUGUCUUGGCGGAAAAGCCAUUCUUCGCGAGAACAUUCAAAACAUAUUGAACCGGACUGGAAGCAACAGCACGCCACUCUGGUGGUCAUCUCGGUUGCUGACGAGGGUGGCCACAAGCAGAUGGAAACCAUGCAGACGAACAUCAUGCAGGACGUGCUCAAGCAAUCUGAGAGUUCGUUAAGUCGCCUGAAACGCCAUUGGUCAAAUGGUCACC